AUGUCCUACACCUCCAAAAGAGCCUUCCUAAAGAGCGGUACGAAACCCACCACCAAUCACAAAGACGAGUGCCCCAUCUGCCAGAACAACAUCCCCACAAAAACUAAAAUCCACCACUUCUCCGCCCACGUACUACACAUGCACAAAGCAGCAAAAGUCUUCUGCCUCGGCGCCAAACCCGUUAAACCCCGCGUAUCCUCGUCCCGCCACAACUACAUGACGAAAAUCAAAAGCUGUGGCCACUGCUUCUGCUUCGACUGUCUAGAAACUUGGCUAGAGAAGAGCGACACAUGUCCCAUGUGCCGGGCAAGCCUCUUCAGCACCACAGCUAGCCAGGAAAAGGGAAGUUUUGAGAUGAGCGGCUAUGCGUCGGAGAGGGAGUUCUUGGAGAUCCGCGAUAUGGGUGCGCCCGCUGUGAGGGACAUGGUGUCAGAGGACUUUACUUCUUCGAUUGGGUACAUGGAGUAUGUGCCCGGAAGUAGUCUGGGAAUUAGUGAGAGGGUUCCCCGGGGCUGUAUGGGAUUGAAGUGGAGGGUACUUGUGAGGAGGAGGGGGUUGGGAAGGAGUGUGGUGUUUGUGGAAGGUGUCAGUCAGGAAGAAGCAGUAGCAGCGGGACAAUGA